CCCAAGAUGAUGAAACAUUUAUUUUUCCUACAAGUUGCUCUCCCUUAUGUCAUGAGCACAGGCUGGUCAGUGACCAUCCCUAAGCAGAUAAGAGCUGUAUCUGGUGACUGUGUGGUGAUUCCAUGCUGGUACACACUACCAACAUCAGAAAGAUCUAAAAGAAAGCGAAUCUUGUGGUAUCAGGAGGCAACAGAAGAAAUAAUUUUCCCCAGCAAACAGACAUCCUUGGCGGAUGACCUUGAAGUUGGUAACUGCUCCCUGUGGAUAAGGGACAUCACCAGAGCACAUUCCAUGGUGUAUCGAUUCCGCAUAGAGGUCUAUGGUGUUAGAAAUUAUAGUUCCUCCUCAUCUGUUGACCUACGUGUAUCAAAUAUGGCAGAAGCCCCUGAGCUACAAGUCAGUUCUGAGAAUAUCAUGGAAGGAGACACAAUGAUAAUGACCUGCAUGACAAACCAUACAUGUAAUAUGAGACCACCAUCCUUAGAUUGGAAUAACGUAUUGGGAGAGAUCUCACCAAAGACAGUGGACCUUGACAAUGGCAUCUGGCAGUUUUUAUCUACCCAAAUAUUCACAGCAUCUGUCAGUCAUCAUGGGCUCACUGUGCACUGUCAGACAAAGUAUAAAAGGGACCAAGCAAGUCCCUGGAGCAGGAGCUAUACGAUGAAUGUCUUGUAUUCUCCCAAAAAUACCACCGUGACAAUUAUUAACGCGGGUGAAAUUAGAGAAGGGGAAAAUGUUUCUGUACGGUGUUCCAGUCAAAGCAAUCCUGAAGUCUUCCAAUAUAUCUGGAAUGGGUUAACAAAUGACGGCACACUAAUAUCUCUAACAGGAAAUCAAACUACAAUCCUAUUAUCAAAUAUCAAGUCGAACAUGAGAUCAGUGUACUGUACAGCUCAGAACACAAUUGGAAUUCAGACCUCUCCAGCAGCCGAACUCAAUAUUACAUAUAAGCCACAAAUCAGUCCACAGUCAUACUGUCGACCAACCUUUAUGAUUAUGGAAUGCAUGUGUAUAGUGAAAGCCAAUCCGCCACCUUUUCUUAUGUGGCGCUUGAUGAACUCCAGCAUAACCAAGUCAGAAGAAGGAUAUGAGGUCACAACCUUUUUUUCUGAUCACGUGACAAAGAGUCUGUUAAAGGGACCGGCAUCCUCUUUGACUGCCGUUACAUGCUACUCUGAAAACAAAGUGGGCUCUGAAGAACUGCUUCUUCCGGUUUAUUUGGAUAUUACAAAGUAUCUUGUGAUUACUGGUGGAGUCGGACUUGCUGCCCUCUUGUUGGUUGGCGUUACACUUAAACUUCUGUUGGGUGGCAGGUAA